AGACCACGAGAAAUAGCCUCUGAGCAGCAAACGCAGACUGCCGUCCAGGCUGUGCUAAAGUCCCGAAUAGGAUGGGAGAAAUACGGUGUUUGCCGUACUCAAUAAUACCACCAUGGUUGCUUUAAUGGAACUUUCCAGCCAUGAACCAAUGCUCAUGAUGCUCUCUGCCGCCACCGCGCCGUCCUCAGGAGUUGUCUUAAAUUCUUGGCUUGUGACUGGUGCCCAACUACCUCUGAUAUCACCAGUGAAUGCGAUCAUCUACACCCUUCACCUCUCACUGAGACUCUUUCUACUGCUCACCGAGACUCUUCACCAGAGCCACCUUAUCUCGCUUAGGAUGCUGUGGUGAUGGGCAUUCAAAUACAGUUUUGCACAAAAUUAUAUAAAGUCAACACAAUUUCCUAUCUUGAGACCACUUUCCUUCUAUCCGGAU